GAAGAUGGCCGACUCUUCGAGCAAAGAGAAACCAAACCUGAAAAUCUGUAUUGAUAAUACAGAAAGCGACAGUGAAAAUGAGGCCAGCUUGGUUCUAACAGACUGCAGUGAUAUAGAUGAUGACAUAAGAGACCAAGAAGUGGAAAAUGAAAAGGUGGAAUUCAAUGUACGCAUUGGUAAGACCCAUCCUUCUUUGGCCUCAACAACAACCAACACCACCUCGAAGCCUGUCAAUUCCGGAUCCAAGCUGAAACUGUCUUCUAAACGCUAUGAGAAUAAGGCUGGGGAGUUUAUCACUGGCCUGGAUAUGACAGUUGAGCAAUUAAGGGAGAAGCGAGAGGAAAGAGCCAAACGUUUUGGAAUCCCUGCAAAACCACAUGAUCCUAAAGUAAAUUACGAGGAGCUUUAUAAAAGUUUGGGCAUGAAGGCCAAUGACAGACAUGAUGAACGUGGUAUACGACCUGAAGCUAUCCAUGUGCGAGGGCUAGAGGAGAUGAACACACAGGACGUGUUCAAGUACUUUCAGGAGUUUGGACCAGGCUCAAUUGAGUGGAUUGAUGAUACUUCAUGCAAUGUGGUUUGGCUGGAUCCCAUUUCUGCUGCCAGGGCGCUGAUGAAACUUAGUGUGAGUCAUGCCUCUGUGGAGAAAUACCUGAAGAAAGAUGACAAGUCAGACACAAGGAAAACAGAUUCUUCAGUUUUUAAAAAACAGAAGUCCAAUUCAAAGCCUGAGGUUGAAGAAUCAGAGGAUGAUGAUGAAUUGGACUUGACUGAAGAUCCUGCGUCCAAAGAGAAAGAAGAAAAGGAAACUCCCAUGGACACAAGUGAAACGGAAGAUAAAAAUAGUACGGAAGUUAACAGAACAGAAAGUGAAAGUAAAGAAGAGGAGAUGGAGGAAGGAGAGAUCUCAGACGGGAGUGAAGCUGAUGAGGAGGGAUUUGAGGCAUACAAGAAUGUGACCUUGUCCCGAGUCAUAUGGCCUCCAGGGGAGUGGAGGUUAGGUGUCCCCAGCCCCAAGGCCAAAUACCUCUUCUUCAGAUUUGCCACAAAAGCUGAUGUGAAAUUACCUGGGCUGAAAAGAGAAGUAAAUAUUAUGUGCGUCAUGGAAACCCAAACUAUGGAGGUAUGAAAGGUUUGAUCAGUAAAUCCAGAAAACGACAGCACUGGUCUCACAGAAUAAACGACCACUCGGACACAACUGAUGCCAAGUUUGACGUGAAGGUUCCUCAGGGGAGAGAAACUCCCAGGACUACUCUGACGUGG